AUGGAGAAUAGACAUAACAAACCCAAUCCAUCCUCUGUAAUUUGUUUGAAUAGAUCGAAAUAUUUUUAUACUAAUUUCAGCAUGACUACAGAUGAGUCCAAAGAUGCUUAUAAUGAUUUAUAUAACAGGUCUUUCAUUAAUCGAAAUAAUUGUUAUAGCAAUAAAUAUGGUAGAUGCGAAAAUUAUAUGGAAUCAAUGAUCAAGACAAAUAAUGAGUUCCCUAGAAAUCAAAGACAAGAAGCACAUAAUAACAGAUUCAAAAAUCCGUCUAAAUCAUUCCGUUUAGAUCCACAUCAUGAUAAAUAUGAACUUUAUUCAUCGGACAAAAACAUUUAUAACUAUGAUAAAAAUGAAUAUUCAAAGAAUAUCUAUCGUAGUAAUAGUUGUAAACAUAACCAUACUAGUGAUAAUUAUGGACCAUUUACACCAGAAUUGAACAGAGAAAUAUCAGCAAGGAAAUCAUCCAAAAUAAAUCAUCUUGUAAAUUUAUUGUAUAGAAAUUCAGAAGAACGAAAUAAGCGACAUAUCAUAACUAAUAAUAAUACUGGUAAUAACAGCAGGCCCAUAAAUUCAUUAGAACAAAGUGGUUUACCAGAGGGUAAUCAAAUAAAAAUUCAAAAUAAAUCAUUUUCCGGGAAACUACCUAGAACAAUCAAUUAUUCAUUUAAUUUACAUCAAAAUAAUAAACAAGUCGAAAAUACCAUAUUAAAUAAUAAUAUUAUUAUUCAAAAAGAAAAUAACAGUGAAGAGAGUUAUCCACAAAUGUCAAUUAGAGAAAGGAUUGCUUGUAUUCGACAGAAUACUUUAAAUUGGAGAGAGCGCGUUGAAAAAGAAGAACCAAAUGUAGAUAGAUCAUGUGAUAUCAAUAAAAUUCGAUUAUCAUUAGUUGAGAAACAAGAAUCUUGGAAACAACGUGUUGAUUAUAAAAAUGAUUAUGAUUUUCCAAUAUUUGAACGAAAUAAAAAAACAAAUGACUAUACUAGUCUAGAACCUCUUCCAUCGAAAUGUUUUCAUUUACAAGAUCUAACAACAAACACAUCGAAAUGUUUACCAGUUGAACCAAUAAUACGCAAUACUAGCAAAGAAAAUCGUUCAGAAGUCAAACAUCAAGAAUCAUUUACGACAGCCGAUCCCAUCAAUAAACCUACUACCAUAACGAAGCCAAGCCCACUUGUUAGACAGGCAUUUCAUAUUUCCAAAAAUGUUAGCGUACCUACUAUGGAAGAUAAAGAAUUAACAGAUUUCUUCACCAGUAAAACGACUAUAGAAACAACUAGUGCAGUUGGACCAGUUAAGCUUCCGACUUUGCCUUCGCAACCAAAUAAGGAUUUGAACAACGUGUAUGAAAGGAUAGCUGAUGCACGACGUGCUGCUAGACCAGAAAAACGUAAACCUCCACGGGACUUAAAAAAUCCUUUAAAAGCUUUAGAACAGAGAGAAAACAUAAAAUCGAACUAUGAAGAAAUUCGUACACCUUUGGAAGCUAUUUCAACAGAUCAAGAAUCUGGUAAACAUAUUACACCGUUCAAAACAUUAUUACGUACAGUGGAUCCAUCUGUUAGAACUGACCUAGAUUUUGCUGCAAAAAACUCAAUUCUAGCCGAUUCAGCUAAAGCUGGUCUCGCAUGCUCUGAGGACAUAAAUGAGGCCAAAGGUAAUCUACGUUCAGUCCAAGAAGGACAAUCUCUUCGUAACUCUUCAACCCAAAGACAACUUUUACCUUACAAACCAAUCAUGUUGUUGCAUAUCAAAGGUCGACGUCAUGUUCAAGUUCGUUUAGUUGCCCCUUCAGCCAAAUCUAUGAAUUCCGGUGACUGUUUUAUUCUUAUCACAACUGAUUCAGUAUUCGCUUGGUUUGGUGAAUCCGCCAAUAUUGUUGAAGUGAAUAAAACUCGAGAGUUAGCAUCAUGGAUUCACAAAAAGCAUGAAUUGUCAUAUACUGGGAAUUUAGGUGAAGCAGCACAAAAUUUCGGUGAUGGUUAUAUUGCAAUACAUGAAAAUACUGAUUCUUACAAUGCUGCUGGCUGUUUGGAUAAUGAGAAUCAAAAUAACACAACUGGUAGUUCUAAUCAGCACUAUUCUUCAGCUUUAAAGUUUUGGAAAGCUCUAGGUUAUAAUUCACCACAAAUGGUUCAUCACGCUGGACCACCUGAAGAAGACGAACGCUAUGAACUAAUGAUUCAGCACACUAAUCGUGUGUAUCGUGUUACUUUAGAUGGCUUAAUACCAUGUGAAGAGUGUUGGGGUAACCCAGUGAAAUAUCAUAUCUUACAAUCAGAUCAGGCAUUCGUUUUUGACUUUGGAUCUGAAAUGUAUUUAUGGACCGGUAAACAAAUUACUUCUGAACUCCGUCAAGCUGGUAUUGAAUUAGUUCAUAAGGCAUACAACAUGAAUUAUGAUUUUGGUCAGUGUAAAUUAAACCCACUGGAUCCAUUAAACUCACACACCAGUGAUAUAUUAGCUUCUGGAUGUAAACGACCAGAAUGGACUUUAUUAGGCAAAGUAACGGAUAGAGGUGAAACAGUCUUAUUUAAAGAGAAAUUCUUUGAUUGGCCUGAUACUUCAAGAAUUCAAAUAAAAUCAUUGAAACCUGGAAAAUCAAUCUCCACGGAGAGUUCUCCUGCUAUAGCUUCAUUGACUAUGGAACCAUAUUCAGCUAAUGAACUCUAUGAAACUGCAAUUAAUAAUCCACCACCUCCUCCAAAUCUACUAACACUUGAAGGACGUUACAUUGGUCGUGGUGGUAAAGUAUGUCGUUAUGAAGAUGGUAUAAUAAGACAGUUUUGGGUAGAAACAAAUGAACUUCGUGUAUGGCAUAUUUCCGAAUUUGCUAGGUACGAAAUACCUUUAACAAGUCAUGGACAAUUUCAUAGAGAAGAUACUUAUGUCAUCAGAUGGUCAUAUAAAAUUGCUUAUACCAGUUUACAAAAUAGCAAUAAACGUCCAACUGAAAAUGUUCGUGAACAUUGUGCUUAUUUCUAUUGGCAAGGAUCACGAAGUAAAAUAACAGAAAAAGGGGCAGCUGCAUUAAUGACUAUUGAAUUAGAUGAAGAAAGAGGUCCACAGAUAAGAGUGAUCGAAGGAAGAGAACCACCAGUAUUUUGUUAUCUAUUUAACGGUCGAAUGAUUACGCAUGAAGGAAAAAGAACUGCACAAAAAGAAUUCACUACACGUAUGUUCAUUGUCCGUGGUGAAGUUAUGGAAGAAGGUCAUCUCAUUGAAGUUCCAGUUCAGUUAAAUUCAUUACGUCCACAAGGUGUCUUAUUAUUAGUGCAAUAUACCAAAUAUCCAAUGACAGAUUCUGCUGAAAUUAUUAGAGCAUUCUGUUGGAUUGGUCAAUUAGUACCACCGAGUUACUUAACAACAGCAAAAUAUGUUCUCAACCAAUUAAAGAAAUGUUGUCCACCAGAACUUGGCAAACAAUUAAAUCCGAUUUAUGAAAUUCACCAACAUGAUAGAAAUGAACUAUCUAAAGAAUUUUUAAAUAUACUCAAUUCUGAAGAUCAAUUAUCGAGUCCAUUAUGCUUAGAUUCAAUAAAAUCUCAUAGUCGAAUGGCUAUCUGGCAAUUUACACACCAUAAAGGACGCAAACUAGGUGUGGAACGAUUAAAUUAUACUCUUCAGCCAGAUCCGGCAAGUUUACCAUUUGAUGAGACAUUGAUCAAAACUAAUACUAAUAGUGUAUCGCCAUCAUCGCAAUCUACUGAAGGAGUUACUGAACGAUUUUUAGCAUCACAAAACUUAAUAACUGCCCACUUAUCUCAGUCUCCUAUAGAGCCGGCUUUUCCAUUCCUACUUGGAGAUUUAUACUCUGUACCACAACCAUCCCUGUUUCUCAUCAUAACUCGAAUACCGACUGUUUAUAUUUGGGAAGGAUGGUGGCCUAUAUCUACUUUAACAAGAUCUCGAUUUAUGUCACAAAAGUUAUCGAGAUCUUUUUCAACUUAUAGCAAGUCUCCUUCUAUUCCAGGAGAUCAAACAGAUGAUUAUAGAUGGAGUACAUCAUUAGAUGAAUGUUUUGAAUUUAGUCCGCAAAAUUCAGCCGAUGGAUCUUUUGAUUUUGAAGAAAAUGAACAACCAGCUUUGACGGGAACAGGUCGUGCUCGAUUUUGUGCUGUACGCAAAGCUGCAAUGCAUACCGCUAAAGCUCUAGCAGAUAAAUUAGGUACAAAAGCUUAUUUAAUCUACGCUGGCUUAGAACCACCGGAAUUUUUAGUUUUAUUCCCUCCUUAUGUUAGAUCGACAGAUGCAAUAGCUUAUCAUCAAUUCGAAGAUGGUAAAACUGAUGGUCAAAAAGAUUUAAUUGACAGUUUACUAUCAUCAUAUACCUUGGCUUCAUAUACAUUGAGUGAUCUUCAACAACGUCCUCUCCCACCUGAAUUGGAUGCAACCUGUUUAGAAACGUAUUUAGAUGAUAAGACCUUCGAAGAAAUAUUUUCAAUGUCUAGAGAAGAUUUCAAUAAAUUACCAAUAUGGAAACAGGCAGAAAUGAAAAAGUAUUCAGGUUUAUUCUAA